UAGCUUCUUCCCGCCCAAAUCUGUUACAAUCUCUCUCUCUCUCUGUGAAUUUGAAAAUGGAGGAGGAAGAAGAAGGUCCAAAGACAGAUAUGGCGCGGUAUCUGAUACAGCACCACUCCGAUCAGCUUCGUUCCAUCAUUCUCUCCCCUGAUCCUCGUCUUCAUUACCCUCUCUAUCUCGAUUUUGCAGAGUUCAUGGAUUACCAUCCACCGCUAGCUUACAUCGUUUUCUCCCAACCCGUCGAGUACUUGCGCCUAUUCGACAGUGCUGCUGUCUGGGUUCAGAAAGUCAUGUGUCAGAAUUUUAAAGCUGGGGAUAAUGCCAGCGUGAAAAUGUUUGUGCACGUUCGGAUUAAUGUUAGCGGUUCUCCUCUCGAGUGCCCCGAGACCUUUCCGAGCAUUGGGCGCACACGAGUGAAGCAUCGUGGGAUUCUUCUCACUCUAAAAGGAACUGUAAUUCGGUCUGGGGCAAUCAAGAUGUUUGAAGGGGAGAGGGACUUUGAAUGCCGAAAAUGCAAGAAAAGGACCCAAGUUCAUCCUGAGCUGGAAACUAGAAAUACACUACGACAGCCAUUAUCUUGUCGUCGUUCCCAGGGUUCUAAAAUUUGUGAAAGCAUCAGUUUCCAGUUUGUGGAAGGCAGUACAAUAUGUCAUGAUUAUCAGGAAAUUAAAAUCCAAGAAAGUACACAAGUAUUGGGUGUUGGGGCAAUCCCUCGUUCAAUUCCUGUCAUUUUGAUGGAUGAUCUCGUUGACAUUGUUAAGGCUGGAGAUGAUGUAAUUGUUACUGGGGUUUUGACUGCAAAAUGGUCCUCGGAUUUGAAGGAUGUGCGUUGUGACCUUGAUCCUGUAUUAAUUGCUAAUCAUGUGAGGAGAAUCAAUGAGUUGAAGACAGACAUUGAUAUUCCUGAUAACGUUAUUAAUCAAUUCAAGAACUUCUGGUUGAAUUUCAAAGAUACACCUUUAAAAGGGAGGAAUGCCAUUCUGCGAGGUAUAUGCCCACAAAUUUUUGGACUCUUCACUGUAAAGCUUGCAGUUGCAUUAACACUUAUUGGAGGUGUGCAACAUGCUGAUGUUUCUGGGACGAAAGUUCGAGGAGAGUCUCAUUUGCUUCUGGUUGGUGAUCCAGGUACUGGAAAGUCUCAGUUCUUGAAGUUUGCAGCUAAAUUGAGCAAUAGAUCAGUUAUUACUACUGGUUUGGGAAGCACUAGUGCUGGAUUGACAGUUACUGCUGUCAAGGAUGGAGGGGAAUGGAUGUUGGAAGCUGGGGCCCUUGUAUUAGCUGAUGGUGGUCUUUGUUGCAUAGAUGAAUUUGACAGCAUGAGGGAACAUGACAGGGCAACGAUACAUGAAGCAAUGGAGCAGCAGACUAUAAGCAUUGCCAAGGCUGGUCUUGUGACAACUCUCAGUACUAGGACAAUUGUCUUUGGUGCAACGAAUCCCAAGGGACAGUAUGAUCCCAAUCAACCUCUGUCUGUCAACACGGCUCUCUCUGGGCCCUUGCUAAGCAGAUUUGAUAUAGUCCUAGUCCUGCUGGAUACAAAGAACCCAGAGUGGGAUGCAGUGGUUUCUUCUCACAUACUUGGUGUGGCUGAACCAGAAAAAGGCAAGCAUGAUGAAGAUUUAGCAAAUAUUUGGCCACUUCCAUUGCUUAGAAGGUAUAUCCACUUUGUUAAACGAAAUUUCAAACCAAUCCUCACCAAGGAGGCUGAAAAGGUCAUUUCGAGCUAUUAUCAAUUACAAAGAAGAUUUGCGACGCAAAAUGCAGCAAGGACAACUGUGCGUAUGCUGGAAAGUUUGAUACGACUAGCUCAAGCACAUGCAAGAUUAAUGUUCAGAAAUGAGGUCACAAGAUUAGAUGCCAUCACUGCCAUUUUAUGCAUCGAAUCAUCAAUGACUGCGUCAGCAAUUGUGGACAGCGUUGGGAAUGCCCUGCACUCAAAUUUCACUGACAACCCUGACCAAGAAUAUAUUAAACAGGAAAAGCUGAUCCUUGGAAUGCUGAGCCCUAUCGAUGAAUUCUCCAACAUAAACAAUGUAGCAGGAUCAACCAGUGAAUGAUAUUAAACAGAAAGCAAAGGUGUGAUGUCUGAAAGUUGAUUGCUUGAAGAGGUAAUAUGUUAGUAGCUUGAGAUCUUUUGUGAUUGUUAAUGUUAAUUGGAUGGAUGGUUAUAGGCAAUGUAUGAAGAAGUUUAUGACAAACUCACAUGUGGUUGAUCCAUGUUACAUCUAGUGAUUUUUUAAGGAUGUAUGGCCUGCAGCCCAUGGCCCAUGGCCCUGGCCCAGGUCCAGUCUCGACCUCAUAUCCCGGGUAAGGCUAGAUAUAUGGGUUUUCAAUUAGAAAAAGACCCAACCCGACACACCCAGGCAUUAAGUUGAUCUGGCCCCUAGGGUUGGGCUGGGUCUGGGUACUUAGAAAAUGGGCUGGCCCUGCCUGAUAGAAAUACUGUUUACAGUAGAGAAAUCAAAUCCAUAGCUUUCACAAUGUGGAGCUUUGUGAAAGGAUCAAACAAUUGCGAUAUAUGAAUGCAUUGAAUGUAAUUUCUUGAAAAUGUUUUGGAUUUUCAAAA